UCAACAAACCCCGACCUCUCUCUCUCUUUGACAAACCCUAUCUCUUCUUCCACAAACCCCAACGAAAGCUCUUUCUCUCUUCGACAAACCCCGACCAAAACCUAAUGGGUUAUUCGAUCUGGGAAAUAGCGAAGGCCUUCAUCGACGACCACUUUGAGCUCGCCGUUGACCUCUACACCCAGGCCAUCGUCGUCGACCCCAACAACUCCGAGUUCUACUCAGACCGCGCUCAGGCCAACAUCAAAUCCAACAAUCUCACCGAGGCUGUAGAAAACCUAAUGGGUAGACCUCUAGUGUUUUUCAGAUCUUUCGGCAGUGGAGUGUUGCUUUCGGCGGAUUCGAAAUUCAGCUAUGGGUAACCAAGAUUUGAAUUCGAACAUUGGAGCUGUGGAUUUGGGAUUGAGGCAAAAAUGUCAA